CUAAAAUCGUAAAGUUCUAAAGCGGUUUUUCAUCAAUUUUCAAGCAAUCGAGAAAAAAGCAAUGGCGUCAGACAAACAAAAGGCGGAGAGAGCCGAGGUUGCGGCGAGGCUAGCGGCUGAGGACUUGCAUGACAUUAACAAAUCCGGUGGUGCUGAUGUCACAAUGUAUAAGGUGACGGAGAGAACAACUGAACAUCCACCGGAGCAAGAUAGGCCCGGUGUGAUAGGAUCAGUGUUCAGGGCUGUCCAAGGAACGUAUGAGCAUGCGAGAGACGCUGUAGUUGGAAAAACCCACGAAGCGGCUGAGUCUACCAAAGAAGGAGCUCAGAUAGCUUCAGAGAAAGCGGUUGGAGCAAAGGACGCAACCGUCGAGAAAGCUAAGGAAACCGCUGAUUAUACUGCGGAGAAGGUGGGUGAGUAUAAAGACUAUACGGUUGAUAAAGCUAAAGAGGCUAAGGACACAACUGCAGAGAAGGCGAAGGAGACUGCUAAUUAUACUGCGGAUAAGGCGGUGGAAGCAAAGGAUAAGACGGCGGAGAAGAUUGGUGAGUACAAAGACUAUGCGGUGGAUAAGGCAGUAGAAGCUAAAGAUAAGACAGCGGAGAAGGCGAAGGAGACUGCGAAUUAUACGGCGGAUAAGGCUAAAGAGGCUAAGGACAAGACGGCUGAGAAGGUUGGUGAGUAUAAGGAUUACACGGUGGACAAGGCCGUGGAAGCUAGGGAUUACACAGCGGAGAAGGCUAUUGAAGCAAAGGAUAAGACAGCUGAGAAGACUGGAGAGUAUAAGGACUAUACGGUGGAGAAGGCGACGGAGGGGAAAGAUGUUACGGUGAGUAAGCUAGGAGAGCUGAAGGAUAGUGCCGUUGAGACAGCGAAGAGAGCUAUGGGUUUCUUGUCGGGGAAGACAGAGGAGGCCAAAGGAAAAGCUGUGGAGACCAAAGAUACUGCCAAGGAAAACAUGGAGAAAGCUGGAGAAGUAACAAGACAAAAGAUGGAGGAAAUGAGAUUGGAAGGUAAAGAGCUCAAAGAAGAAGCUGGAGCAAAAGCCCAAGAGGCAUCUCAAAAGACUAGGGAGAGUACUGAGUCGGGAGCUCAAAAAGCCGAAGAGACCAAAGAUUCUGCUGCCGUGAGGUAAAUGAUGAAAUGCCAGUUAUAUCUUGUCAUGUUCUUCAAGUUUAAAGGUGACUGUGAAACUCUUUGUUUUGUUUUUUGAUGUGAUUAAAUCAUGCAGGGGAAAUGAAGCGAAAGGGACUAUUUUUGGUGCAUUAGGGAAUGUAACGGAAGCAAUAAAGAGCAAACUGACAAUGCCAUCAGACAUUGUGGAGGAAACACGCGCGGCACGUGAGCAUGGAGGGACGGGUAGGACUGUGGUUGAAGUCAAGGUCGAGGAUUCAAAGCCGGGUAAGGUGGCGACUUCACUGAAGGCGUCGGAUCAAAUGACCGGUCAAACAUUCAACGACGUUGGACGGAUGGAUGAUGAUGCUCGGAAAGAUAAGGGAAAGCUGUGAGAAUACUAGAAAAAUGACAAUGUUUUUUGGGCCUUUUGUUCUGGAUGAAUAUCUCUGUUGUUUUUUGGGCCUUUUGUUUUGGAUACGUCUGUUAUAGCAGAUAACGUUUUCUGAUAGUUUCUAUGUUUGUAUUCUUGUUUUGGAAUAGGAAAGCUUUCUUCAGUUAAGAGGAUUGGUUACUAUGC